AUGUCAACACCAGUCACUGUACUAUACGAAAAAAACCAAGUUUCGUGUUCGGUUGAUGUGUCUCAACCUAUAAGUGAUAUUAUAAAAUCAUUAUGUAUAGAACAAUUUAAUAUUCAAAAUUCUCCUACCUUGCUUGCUUUAAGACUUCAGGAUACUGAUGAGUUAAUCACUGACGAGAUAACUGAAAAUGAAAAAUUGAAGCUUGUAUCUUCACCGCUUAUCGAAGCUGCUGAUAUAUGUGAAAAAUUGGGUUCAACUGAUGAUAAAACUUUAAAGCUUACUACAUUUUCUCUUCAAAAAUAUAUCAAGGAAGUAGAAUUCGCUGAUGAAUUUUUAAAAAAAGGCGGAUUAAAAUCUUUAAUUGAAAUAAUAAAUAAUUCCAGUGGUAAUACUUUAGCAUAUGCGUUAACAUCAAUGCAAAACCUUAUGGAACAUGAUCAUGGUUGGGAUGAUUUAGUUACUGCUGAUAAAAAUUCUACUACUUCUCCAAUACGGUCUUAUGGUUUUGAUGUAUUACAUGAAGCGAUAUUACUUCAACCUAAUUUCCUACCUACUUUAGUGCAACGCUUUGCUUCGGCCGAUUAUGUGUUACGUUCAAAUAGUUUAUGUUUAAUUAAUGCUCUUAUGAGACAUGUUACUGAUCAAUAUUGGGAAUCAUUUAUGGACAUGUUGGACAAGCUGAAUGUUAGAAAAGCUGUUGCUACGGAAGCGCCGAAAUGGGAAAUUCAACGUGUUGGAUAUUUGGGACUUGAUAAUAUGCAUAGUUUUAUGAAGAAAAAUCCAGAAGAAUAUCAAAAAGCAUUUUUUCGAUUAUGGAAUGAUAUGGAAGCGACUGUUGAUGAUUUUCCCAAAGUAUCUGCAUUGGUACGAAGUCAAUUAAAAUUUGCUCUACGUGACGAAGCGACCAAACAACUUUAUGAAUUUGAAAAUGACAUGUUGAAAGUUGAAUAUAAAAUUAUUAGAGAUAGACAAUUAAAAGAAUUAGAACUUGGUGAUGAUCUAUUAAGACAAUUGUAUACGGAAUCUUAUGAAUUCGUUAAACAACAACGUAUUAAAUGUCUGUUAUUUGGUGAUUGGUUUCCGAUGAUAACACAAGCAAAUCUUCCAACAAAUCAACAAAAUUUAAUGACUGAUGUGAUGACGGGUUUAACACCGCAAUUAUCAACAACUACAGGUUCACCGACAAGAAAAUCUAUAGGUUCAUCACAGGAUCUAAUGUUCUCUUUAAUGUCUGGACCUGAUACUGUACUAGCAGAUUUUAUGGCAUCAGAUUAUGUGCAAUUUUCAGAAUGGACAGAUGGAUUGAAUAUGUUAUUUGAUAAAAAUAUUGGAAGCAGAGAUACGGCAGAAUUCAUACAAAUACUGACAGAAAUUGGAGUAAAGGUUAAAUUAUUGGAUUUAAGCGGGGAGAGGGUGGAGAUACCACAGAGUGUUGAAGUCCCUAGGGAGUUACCUGUUGUUGAAAAUGGAUUUUAUUAUGAUGAUCCUUUUUCUUAG